AAUAUGCAAACAACCCCAGCACGCUCAUCUCGUAUAACAACGAGCAGAACACGAAGCGCAGUAUCCGCUCUGCGUCUCAAACGCACAAAUUCCUCACCAUCAAAUGCCAGCCCAUCUAAAAGGUCGUUGCGCACUGAAGAGUCGACCGCCUGCGAUGAAGACGAAGAGCUGGAUGAUCUCGGUUUCAUCGUCUCCCUAGCAUCUGAUCUCAACUUCCGCGACGUCCCACAGUACAUGGAGUACAUCAGAAACCGCAUGUUCAGCGACAUGCCCGAAAAGGCCGGCAUGAACAGCACCAGGAUUGCAGAAGUCCUGAACUUCCGGAAGUCGCUGCCACCGUUUGUUACCAUUGCGCAUGUGGACGCACUGAGUACGAGCUCAACCGUAGUGGAGCGAGAAAUCGCUGAGUUGGCAAAGAAAGGCAUAGUACGAAGAAUCACAAUCCCACAUCGAGGCGUUGGCGCCGCAGCAGUCGGGGACGGCAUCGCCAGCGUAAGAGAAUGGCACGCACUCGUCAGAACCCACACUGGACUGUCCGACCACCUCAAGGAGAAAUACACCAACCUCCUAUCUGGCUCGCCAACAUCCACCACCAUCCCCGGCUCAGCAUUCACGCCCGCCGAAAUCGCCUUACUCACCGGCACCGGCUUCCUCACCUCCAACAGCCCCCUCAGCACCACAGCGUCCGCCUUCUUCGCCUCCCCCGGCGCCGCCUCCCUCUCGGCAAUCUCAACAUCCGGCUCCCGCCAUGCCGCAGGCUCCCUCGACGCCGUCGGCGGCCACCACGCAACGCAGCACAUGCACGGCGGCACUGCGCUCGCCCGCGCCCCAGCAGCAGGAACCUUCUCGUUCGCGCUCCCGCACACGGGCAUGCACAUCAAGUUGCUUGUCGCCGCGCGGACGCACCUGCUCGGUCUUCUUAAGAAGAGCAGGUUCCGCGCCGCGCCGCUCAAUGUGCUGCGCGAGCGUUGGGACGGCGGCGCUCGGAGAGAAUUCACGGGGGUACUACCUGGCAGGACGAAGAAGUGGAAGGCGUUUUAUGGCAUGCGGUUCGAGUGGGUGUUGGAGGAGUGUGUGGGAGCGGGGCUGGUGGAGCUCUUUGAGACGGGGAGCGUAGGGAGAGCUGCGAGGUUGGUGUCGUAG